UUUCUUGGUUCAAAAAUACUGCGCACACUCUUAAAAUGAGAGCACUUCUGCCACCCACUGAGUGAAUGUGCAAUUACACUUUAUCCUAGUACGGCAAAAAAGUAUGUUCCCGAGGUCACAUUCGCCACCCCCGGCAUCGCUCCACUACUUGAGAAACACCGGCCUAAUCUGAUACAUCAGUUUCUUUUUGAACAGCAUAGCCUAACUUAAUACCAUGCCAUUUAGCUUUCCAGAAAUAGCUGACUUUUGCUGUCAGCAGCAGACAAACAGUGAUGGCGGGGAGGGCUGCGAGGGGAGCUAUGCAUUCUGAUUUUAGUUGAGUAGAUGACUGUUGGCCGGCUUGGUCAGUGCUGUCCCCACAAUGCUUCAACUCCCUCCCUCCCUCACCAAUCUGCACUGCAUUGAGAGAAGCGCGUGGAGAGGAAUUGAAAAUGUGCAAAGCUUUGAGGAUGCGUGUGGCGUGUGUGUUUCCGGAAACGGCUCAGGAGAGAGGAUGGGAAUGACUGGAAGGAUGAUCUGCAUUCCUUCCCCACAUCCUUGUGGUGGCACUGUGCGUAUCUCCGCGAAUAUGCAUGUGGCUCUGUGUACACUGCAAUGCUGACUGGAAAAAGUGGCCGCCUCAGCCCCCCCGCUACUCUGCGAUGCGUCUGGAGGAGCGCGGCGUGGAAUCGGGUUCGCGCAGAGUGGGAUGAAGGGCCGGAGAUGCUGGGAGCCGAGAAGUGUCCGCUCCUUCUGCGCCUCGGGCUGCUUCAGUAAACUCAACCGGGAUGACUCAGGAGACGAGGAUCCGGGAUCCCAAUCGGACCGCAGUGAGAUUCAGGGAACUUUAAAGAUACUCAUCAGCAAGCUCGAUGACCUCAGCACAUGCAAUGACUUGAUUGCCAAGCACGGGGCCGCCUUGCAACGAUCUCUAAGUGAGCUUGAAGGCCUGAAAGUUCCAGUGGAGGGCGGGGAGAAGAUCAAGGCAGUCAAUGAGCGAGCCACCCUCUUUCGUAUCACUUCCAAUGCUAUGAUCAAUGCUUGUCGAGACUUUCUGGACCUAGCUGAGACCCACAGUAGGAGGUGGCAACGGGCACUGCAGUAUGAGCGUGAGCAGCGUGCCCACUUGGAGGAGACUAUUGAGCAGUUAGCCAAGCAGCACAACAGUUUGGAGCGCGCGUGGAGGGCGGGACCUACGCUUUCAUCCAGUACACCCAGUGCACCAACCAACAAGAAGGAAGCAAGUGAGAGGCCGCUCCAAGGAGAGGCGAGUGACGAAGAUGAGGAUACUGAGUACUUUGAUGCCAUGGAGGAUUCCCCUGCAUUUAUCACAGUGACUGCCACAGACAACACACAGCACAGGCGAUCUCAGACAAGUUUGAGUGGAGCAAUUGGAGGCAAUUCCUACGACUGGAACCAAGACGAUCACAUGUCUCCGAGCUAUAACGAUGUGUCAGGGAAGGAGCUGCAGCCGCGCAGACAACGGCGGACGCGUGUUCCAGACAAGCCUAACUACUCCCUCAAUUUGUGGAGCAUCAUGAAAAACUGUAUCGGCAAGGAGCUCUCCAAAAUUCCCAUGCCUGUGAACUUCAAUGAGCCUCUAUCAAUGCUGCAGCGUCUGACCGAAGACUUGGAGUAUCAUGAGCUUCUGGAUAAGGCGGCGCGCUGCGACUCCUCGCUGGAGCAGAUGUGUCUAGUGGCUGCCUUCUCCGUCUCUUCCUACUCCACCACAGUUCACCGGACAGCCAAGCCCUUUAACCCGCUCUUGGGGGAGACCUAUGAGCUUGACCGCCUCGAGGAGUUUGGCUACCGCUCACUGUGUGAGCAGGUGAGCCAUCACCCUCCUGCAGCUGCACAUCAUGUGAUUUCCCAACGGGGCUGGACCUUGUGGCAGGAAAUCACCAUUGGCAGCAAGUUCCGUGGAAAAUACCUCUCCAUAAUGCCUUUGGGUGCAAUCCAUCUGCUAUUCCACUCUAGCGGCAACCACUACGUGUGGAGAAAAGUCACGUCCACUGUGCACAACAUCAUUGUGGGCAAGCUUUGGAUUGACCAGUCAGGUGACAUCGAGAUAGUGAAUCACAGGACCAAAGAGACCUGUCAACUCAAAUUUUCUCCCUACAGUUAUUUCUCCAGGGAUGUUGCUCGGAAGGUGACAGGUGUAGUGGCUGACACUGGAGGCCAGGCUCAUUACAUCCUGUCAGGAACAUGGGAUGAGAAAAUCGAGAGUGCCAAGAUCAUUCAGAGCAGUCGAGGCGGUAGUGGAUCAGAAGGCAAGCAGAAGACCAUCUACCAGACCUUGCCUCCCAAACUUUUAUGGAAGAAGUAUCCGCUUCCAGAGAAUGCUGAGAACAUGUACUACUUCUCAGCGCUGGCGCUGACCCUGAACGAGCCGGACGACGGAGUCUGUCUGACCGACAGCCGUCUGAGACCGGACCAGCGGCUGAUGGAAGAAGGUCAAUGGGAUGAAGCCAACUCAGAGAAGCAAAGGUUAGAAGAGAAGCAGAGAGCCGUGAGGAGGAGGAGAGAAGCGGAGGCCUCAGAUGCUCUGGAUGAAGAAUGUGAUAAUGAAUCUGGUCGCGAAUACGAAGGCUACCAGCCGCUGUGGUUUCAUCAGAGGAGGGACUCGGUCACCGGAGAGACAAACUUUGUGUACAAAGGGGGCUACUGGGAGGCCAAGGAGAGACAGGACUGGACAAUGUGCCCCAAUAUAUUCUAACACCGAACACUUCCACCCGCAUAAGGACCUCAGGAGACUCCUCCGCCUCAGCUCCUUCUGCAGUCUGGUGAAGCAGGCUUGUGAGCACUAUGUGGAGCUUUGUGAGCAGAAGGUGGUGAAUGUGACACACGCACUUGUAACAAUUUGUACCUCCAAUUGUACACCCACUGCUUUACAGAUGGAAAAUAAGAUGGAUGGCUUCCUCUCCCAUUUUUUAGAUGUGUAAAGCUGUUGGAGUUGUGACAUCACAAUUUAACUCAUCUGAUUUAGGUGUUUUAACAGUGCACUUUUCAGGAUAGUUAAUGAAUUGAGAUUGACAUUCUAAACAAGAUAGAGUGGUACCUCUACAUACAAAGUUAAUUCAAUCCAGGACCUUGUUUGUAAGUCAAGCAGAAUUUUCCCAUAAGAAUACAUAAUAAUUCCAUUAAUUCCUUCCACAGCCCAAAAACAUACACUUAAUCUUAAUUAAUACUGCUGGUACUAUUACAAAUGGCAAUUACACAUAGAAAAACAAAUAAAUUAUAAGUAAAAAUCGGAAUAAUAAUCAUUCCUGUAAUAAUGUAACGAAUCGGGUAGUAAUGUGACGGACGUGUUUUGGCUGCUGUACCUGAAAGCACCACGUGACUAACGUGACAGAGUAAGAAAGGUGCGAUAGAGAUUUUACUUUCUCUUUGAAUGUUUUGUUGUUGACGUGGUGGCAGCCAAAGAACAUAUUAGCUGACAACCCUCCCACUUCAAACGGAACCGGAAGUGACCACUUUAAAAUACCCACAAAAGAGUGGCUGUGGAUUCUCUAGUUUCGGUGCCAUUGAUGGCGCUGGACGUCCAAUCCAGUCAAAAUUAAUUUAAGAAGGAACAUGAUAAUUGAUUCUAGGCUAGCGCUGCUGCUAUCGAUUAGUUUAGUAAUUGAUUAAUCCAUCAGCUAGUUAGUUCGAGUAAUCGAGUCAUCGGAUUAGGAACAUUUAAUGCGUUGCAGAAUAAAUUUUAGUAGAUGUACAACAAAAAGCUUGCUAAAAUUGCACUUUCAAACGAGCAUUAAAUGCGAAUACAAAAAAAAAAAUUUCCACAGUUUUUCUUCAAACUAUGCAGAAUUGCACUUUUAUUUAAAAAUAAAUUAAAAUACUUGAGCUUAGCCUCAAACGGUAUCUAAAAAAAAAAUGAUCUAAGUACAACAAAUGAACAAUUGGCUAACUUGCAUAGCAAAAGUCCGCUAGUUUAAAUGCUAUAAAAUGCUAACUUAAAAAAAAAAAAAAAAUUUACAAUGCUCAUAACAAAUUGUUCAAACACAUGUUCCAACAAAAAAUGGCUAAAUAUACCAAUAAACUAAAUUACCAAUGCAUAUUUGCUCAAACAAAAGCUUACUUUAUGUUGGUCUUAACAGAGAGCAUCAGGAUUCAGCUAUGUUAAAUGAGUUACGUCAUAUUCACUGUUGCCUCAAGAGGGCAGUGUAUCCACCCAAAUCAAUAAAACUAAUUGUAAACACUUUCAAAACAGACCAUUACAACCACUCUUAAUUAAACGAAUACUCGAAGCAGCAAAAUUUAAUUUGAAGCUUUUUUCCUAAUCAAAUUACUCGAGUUAAUCGUUUAAUCGUUGCAGCGUUAAUGGAAGAUUUUGGAAGCAACUCUGGUAUUUUCCAUUAAAAUUAAGGCAAUUUAUGGCCUUGAUGAUCUAGAUUUUAAAUUUAAGACAUUUUAAGACUUUUUAAUGACCUGCGGGAACCCUAUUUAAUCAAUCAUUUUUAUGUUUGUUUUUUAGUACCGUAAUUUUCGGACUAAAAGCAGCUACUUUUUUCCUUCAUUUUGAAUCCUGUGGCUUAUUUGUUGAUUUAUUUGGGUUAAUAGGCAACUCAUGUGUCCUAGCAUGCAUUGCACCGCUACAGAUGUACGGUGAAUAACGAUCAAAAUUCAUGUUUUGUGCUAAUUAUUUAUUCAGUUACUGUUCCAGUUCUUUCCUUAAUGACCUGUUAUGGUAUUUGGUAACACUUUAUUUGACAGAGGCAUCAUAAGACUGUCAUAAGACCGUCAUAAUUAUGACAUGACACUAUCAUGGGCAUUACUGAAUGCUUAUGACAGAUGUAAUUAAGUGUCAUCCGGCCAAUUAUGUCACUAAGUCCAUUUAUGUCCAGCUCGGAUCUUUUACAUCCAUUCAAAAGUGAGAUAAUUUGCCAGAUAACACUAAAUGACAUCUGUUAUAAGCAUUCAUUAAUGCACAUGACAGUGUCAUGUCCUAAUAAUGAUUGUCUAAUGACAGUCUUAUGGCGCCACUGUCAAAUGAAGUAUUACCAAAUACCAUAACUAGCAAUUAAUGAAACAACUGGAAGAAAUAAUCAGCAAAGAAAAGGACUUUUGCUUGUUAUUUAUAUCUGUAGCACUGCAAUGCAUGCUAGGAGGCAUGUUGGGCGACAACAGUGUUGACAGCAGAUGGCAGCAGAGGUUGACUGUCUCCCCCGAGGAAGCAAAUGAAGCUUCUUGAAGCAAUGAAGCUUUGCAGACAAUUGGUUCAAAGCAUCAUGGUGGUUCAUUUGGUCUUCUGACAGUCAAAUAAAGCGUUAAUGGUUAAUAUCUUUUGAUGUAAAUAUCCCAUAAUACAGUGAGGACAGCUGCGGCUUAUAGUCCAGUUCGGCUUAUCUAUGAACAAAUGCCGUUUUCGUGUCAAAAAAAUAAUGGGCUGCGGCUUAUAUUCAGGUGUGCCUUAUAGUGUGAAAAUUACGGUAAGCUCUAAAUUCUCAUAUUGGUAUGAAGAACAGAAUUUGAAUGCAAUUCACGCUUCAGAUUGGACAAAUCGCCGCACUAGUUAGCACAUUCAUACACUGAAUAUUAUGUUGAAAUACAUCCAUAUCGGGCUUCUCAUACCUGAAAUAGUACUACUGACUGUGCAUGAAGUGAUGCUAGAACUAUCUUUGUGUUCCUGUCGACAGGAAAUGUGGUCUCUCGUCCUUUGGUGCUCUCGUGCAGCAUCACAUAGCGCAUCCUAGCUAACUGCUUCCAGUGACAACAUUCAUCAUUCAGUACUAACACAACAUAGAUCCACUUGCUUCUGAGCCUCUUCAGUGGUGAGUUGGUAGUUUAGCUCAUCCCAUUGACACUGUGUGAGCCUCUGUAAGGUUUACAUGUAGAAAAGAACAGGGCUGGUUCCUGUUGAGCACCGCUGUGCAGUUAGCAGAAGGUCUUUGCUCCACGCUCACUACAGUUCCAAUGUGUCAUCCACAAUGGUUGUAUAAUGAUCUGAGAUCAGCUUUUGAAGGUACCCUCGGUCUUUUGCCUUUAAAUGACUGGUUUGUGCACUACGGAUCUAAUGACAAGCUUUGAAGAAAAAAAAAAGUAUUUUUUUGUAAUCAAUUGUAGGAAUGUAGAUUUCGAGGCUAGAGGUACUCUGUUCCGUCUGGUCUAUUUGUGUGAAUAUUUUUGUGAUAGGAAAAUGAUACUGUAUAUAAAGUCAUAUGAGAAUUAAGUUAUCUGUACAGCAUACAGGUAGUCCCCGGUUUACGACGUACUCACGUGAUUUCGACUUCCGGCCAUUUUGUCUCCAUUGAAGUUGUUAUGCUUGACAGACUGCAAAAAAGGCAAUUUUGAUUUUUGAAGCUCUUUACUUACAUUAAACAUUAUUAUUAAAAAUGCAUACACAAACAUAUACUAGCUGAAACAACUUACAGCCUUACAUGGGCCAAACCAGAGCCAGGUGUCCUUUAUCCAUGUCAGAAUGGUCUGCUCCUCAGUCAUUCAAGGCGACAGUCCAGCCAGACCCAACGCUGCCACCAGAGGGCAGUGUAUCCUCCAUCAUUAAACAAAAUACAAGUGUGAUUUAAUAAUUUCUUUUUUCUUUGAUACCUCAGUGUCAGCCAGUGUUAACUGUGUCGCUGUGUUUUGAUGACGACAUCACAAGAGGACUAAGGUUCUUCACACUUUUCGGUGGUAAACUUUCGGCCUUUUAACCAAAAAACGAAAAUGCAAUUUUAGCUAUUUUCGGCAACAACAUACAUUAAAUCUUGAUACAGAACAAUUGGUGUUCAAACAUCCAUCUGGUCUGAUCUAUAUAUAAAUUUAGUUGAUUAAAUUUGUCUAAUUUUCUUUAAAAAAAAAAGUCCGCAAUCUUAAAUGCUACGAAUGCUAACGCAUUUACAAUACCCAUAGCAAAUCGCUCACACAUAACUCCACAAACUAGCUCUAAACUUAAUUACAAAUGCAUACACAAACAUAUAUUAGCCGAAACAACUUACAUGGGCCAAACCAGAGCCAGGUGUCCUUUGUCCAUGUCAGACGAAUCUGCUCCUCAGUCAUUCAAGGCGACAGUCCAGCCAGAUCCAUUGCUGCCACCAGAGGGCAGUGUGUCUUCCAUCAUUAAACAAAUUACAGGUGUGAUUCAAUAAUUUCUAUUUUGUUUGAUAGCUUAAAAUACUUCCGAACUGCCGACAUGUUAGCUAUUUUCGGCAACAACAUACAUUUUAAAAAUAACUCUUGAUACAGAACAAUAGGUGUUCAAACAUCCAUCUGGUCUGAUCAAUAUAUAAAUUUAGUUGAUUAAAUUUGUCUAAUUUUCCUAAAAAAUAAAGUCCGCAAUCUUAAAUGCUACGAAUGCUAACGCAUUUACAAUACCCAUAGCAAAUCGCUCACACAUAACUCCACAAACUAGCUCUAAACUUAAUUACAAAUGCAUACACAAACAUAUAUUAGCUGAAACAACUUACAGCCUUACAUGGGCCAAACUAGAGCCAGGUGUCCUUUAUCCAUGUCAGACGAGUCUGCUCCUCAGUCAUUCAAGGCGACAGUCCAGCCUGACCCAACGCUGCCACCAGAGGGCAGUAUCCUCCAUCAUUAAACAUAAUACAAGUGUGAUUUUUUUUUUUUUUCUUAGAUA